AUGUCAUACUACUUUACGAUCUUAUCAUCGACAGAUGUACCACUCUUCAGCCUGGCAUUUGGGACUUCCAAAGGGGGCGCAGAUGGCAUUGCUCGAUUUCGAUAUGCUGAUAACGAGAGAUAUAUGAGCCAGUUCAUUAUACAUGCAAGUCUGGAUAUCGUCGAGGAAGUUCAAUGGACUAAUGGAGCCAUGUACCUCAAGCACAUAGACACAUACCCCCCAGCUUCAGCAUAUGUCUCUGCCUUCCUUACAGGAACAGGCGUUCGAUUUAUCCUACUACAUCAACCCCCGCCUUCUGCCUCUCAGCCUGCCACAGGAGGAUCUGGCGGCAGUAGCGGCGGCGGUCUCUCUGCCUCCGGUUUCUUAUCAGGAGCUUCAGGGUCGUCACGCGGUUCAUCGUCGUCGAUAGCUCAUAAUCCUACCUCUCCACAGACAGAAGAUGCCAUUCGGCAGUUUAUGAAUGAAGUUUACGAGAAUUGGGUGAAGGCGGCCAUGAGUCCGUUUUAUCGGCGGGGCAUGGAGAUUACAAGUCCUGCCUUUCGCGCCAGAGUGAUGGCGGCGGGAAAGAAAUGGCUGUAA